CUGGACUCAGAGGCGGGCACCAGCCUUACCGUGUGUGUGACAUUCUCUGUCUCUUUGCCAAAAAAAAAGAGGGGUUUUGGAGGAAGACGCGCAAAGUAGUUUCCCCUCCUUUAUUUUUCCCUACCCAGCCCGCCACCGUUUGGAGAUUAAUAAUUGAGCGUUUUAUUUAUUUGCGCGACAGAUAGCGGACGAGAACGGCGAAGGGAGCGCACCGCGCACUGUGUGAGGCUGCCAGUUUAAAUCUAUCUGUGGCUUGAACGGACCGGGAAGCACGCCACGGCCACUCCGUAGUAGUAAAGGGCGAUUUGAGGGCUACUCCAAAACAGUGCACGUCCGCGAGCGACGAGCGAACAACUACUAUCUCUCCCUUGGCGUGAAAGAGAAAAGAAAAAGAUUGCCCUCCCCGACGCCGAACAUGAAUAAGCUAUACAUUGGCAACGUGAGCGCAGAAGCGACCGAGGAGGACUUGGAAAGUAUCUUCGAGCAGUGGAAGAUUCCGCACAGUGGUCCGUUUCUUGUCAAAACUGGCUAUGCGUUUGUGGAUUGCCCGGACGAGAAGGCUGCAAUGAAGGCCAUCGAUGUUCUUUCAGGUAAAGUGGAACUUCAGGGGAAACUUCUGGAAGUUGAACACUCGGUCCCUAAACGUCAAAGGAGCUGUAAACUGCAGAUCAGGAACAUCCCGCCUCACAUGCAGUGGGAGGUUUUGGAUGGUAUGCUUGCUCAGUAUGGUGCAGUCGACAGCUGUGAACAAGUCAACACUGACACAGAGACUGCAGUCGUCAAUGUUCGAUACGGAGCCAAGGACCAGGCCAGGCUGGCGAUGGAGAAGCUGAAUGGAUCUAUGAUGGAGAACUAUGCCUUGAAAGUGUCCUAUAUCCCAGAUGAGGCGGCCGUGCAGGAGGGUCCGUCACCGGGCGGCAGGAGAGGCUUUAACUCGCGGGGACCCCCUCGCUCCGGCUCUCCAGGUCUGGGCGCGAGGCCCAAAGUGCAGUCAGACAUCCCGCUGCGCAUGCUGGUUCCAACGCAGUUUGUAGGCGCGAUCAUCGGCAAGGAGGGUGCCACUAUUCGCAACAUCACCAAACAGACCCACUCAAAGAUUGACAUCCACAGGAAAGAGAAUGCCGGUGCGGCAGAGAAGCCCAUCACGAUCCACUCCACCCCUGAGGGAUGUUCGAAUGCCUGCAGAACCAUCAUGGAAAUCAUGCAGAAGGAAGCCAUCGACACUAAAUUCACUGAGGAGAUUCCACUGAAGAUCCUUGCACACAACAACUUUGUAGGAAGACUAAUCGGAAAGGAAGGACGCAACUUGAAAAAGAUCGAGCAGGACACAGAGACCAAGAUCACAAUCUCACCUCUCCAGGACCUGACCCUGUACAACCCAGAGCGGACCAUCACAGUCAAAGGCACCAUUGAAGCAUGUUCAAGAGCUGAAGAGGAGGUGAUGAAGAAGGUCGGGGAAUCCUACGACAGCGACAUGGCUGCUAUGAACCUCCAGUCCAACCUGAUUCCAGGCCUGAAUCUGAAUGCUUUGGGUCUGUUCCCCAGCGGAGCACCGGGCAUGGGGUCCAACAUGUCCAGUGCCCCUCCCCCUGGAGCCCACGGUGGAGGUUCGUCAUUUGGAUGCAGUCCUUAUGGUGGCGAGGGGCAGUUUUGGGCUUCUAUGCCGCCGGCGAGCAGCCAGCCCCUUGCUGGACACCCAGAGUCGGAGACUGUUCACCUGUUCAUCCCUGCGCUUGCAGUGGGAGCCAUCAUCGGAAAACAGGGUCAACACAUCAAACAGCUGUCACACUUUGCCGGGGCCUCAAUUAAGAUUGCCCCUGCUGAAGGAAUGGAUGCCAAACUGAGGAUGGUAAUCAUCAUCGGACCGCCAGAGGCUCAGUUUAAGGCUCAGUGUCGCAUCUUUGGCAAACUGAAGGAAGAGAAUUUCUUUGGACCUAAGGAGGAGGUGAAGCUGGAGGCUCACAUCAAGGUUCCCUCCUUUGCUGCUGGACGAGUCAUCGGAAAAGGCGGAAAAACUGUGAAUGACCUGCAGAACCUGACGUGUGCAGAGGUGGUGGUGCCCAGGGACCAGGCGCCUGACGAGAACGACCAGGUCAUAGUGAAGAUUAGCGGACACUUCUUUGCCUGCCAGCUGGCCCAGAGGAAGAUUCAGGAGAUUCUCGCCCAGGUCAGAAGGCAGCAGCAGCCCAAGCCCGCGCCCGGAGCCCAGCCUCCACCGUCCCGCAGGAAGUGAAGGUCCAGCGGAGCUGGAGGAAUGGUGACUGAAUCUGCCAGAAGACUCGACAGAUGGACAGAUGCAGCAGAGUCCAGGAGGAGAAGACAAGGGGUCGUCUUUGCUCAUCUCAGGGGUUCGAAGGUUAUCACCAACUGAAACAGCCCCCCCUACUUGUCUUUUACUUGACGUGCAUUCGAGUGUGGUUCAUAAAGAGACUGUGCGCCUCUUUACCUCCACCCCACCUCGGCUCUCUGCUUCUCUGUGAGAAUGUACUUCAGAGGGCUCCCAACGUCGUCACCUGCCCUCACGUGUACGCACCCCUGACCGCUCUCCUCCUCCCCCCACGGGUGUUUAAAAACAAAAGGAAAAAAAAAAAAAUGAUCUCUUUUUUUUUUUAAAUUUUACACUAGAAACACAAAGAUGAAAUAAGGAUCCCCCUCCUAUCACCUCCUUGGUGUGGUACUUCAAACCUGACGAGAUGUUUUGGUUGACUUCAGAUUUAGUUGACACAUUUUUUUUUUUUUUUUUUUUAUAGCGUUUAAUUGGUUGAUGAAGCUUUCUCAUGAGUUUUCUGUGGAAAGGAAAAGGCAUUGCUAUCCAGGUCCCGGUCGGACCAACAGAGAGGUUUAUUUGGGGGGAGGGUUGGCUCAGAUGGGGUGGGCCAUGUUUAGGGGAAAGAUUCUUGUUUCAGGACAGGACCCCUGAAAGGUUGGAUUAUAUUGGGGCGUCCUGCCCUUGUAAUGAUAGUGGCAUUUUAUAAAUUCGGAUGCAUUUUAUAGAUAGACCUAUAUACAUAGAUGGAUAUAUAUUUAGAGGUGAGGGCAGCACCACGACUGACACUAAGGGAAACGGUGCCGAACUGCUGCUGCCCAGGAAAACCAAUUUAAUAUGCAUUUUACUUAACUACCUCAGGAUCUAGUACCUCAGAAGAGAAAAAAUGAUUAUAUAUAUAUGAAAAAUGUUCCUUUCUUUUUUUUUUGUUGCUUUUGUGGUAUUUUGUAUACUUUAUAAAGCUGAUAGUCUUUGAACAUUUUUAUUUUUUUAAGAAAAUUUAAAAUUUGGUCAGCUGCCAACUGACCUUGCUUUCAACUCUGGUGCUUUAGGUGGCAUUGUACAUGUGUAUGUGUGACUUAAGAUGACCCUGUACAUAAAGUCUAUUUGUACAUAGCAGCGCUGGAGCAAGAGUUGGCGCCCCCUCAGCUGGCGGCUGACAGGAGUAUCGAGAGCAAAUCGCCUCAGUUUUUCCCCUGAGGGUCCACCAUCUUCUGAAGAAACCACAAAACAACUGAUACAUGCAAAUGAAUGCCAACCGUUAAUAAUCGCAGCAAUGCCAUUUAGUUUUUUGGGAUUGUCUUUGUUAUUGCUAACGGUACUUUAAUUUGUAAAAAUUGAAAAGAAUUUCCUUUUCGCCUUCCUACGAGGGCUGUGGACUCGACAGGGCUGGACCGCCACGGUCCGCUCUGUAUCGGCCCCAGAAACCGCCGAGUGUCCCCGUCAUCUGUUCCGUUCAGGCCGACCGCCGCCUUCUCGACAGUAACGUCUUAAAGCAAAGUCCAAGCCCGACUAGGUUUAUUUUCAUAGAGCAAGCUUUGUCAGUUCGGCGUGGCCCGUGUAGCCAGGUCAUCGAGUCAAUGUUAACGCCGUUCACUGCAUGGUGAGGGUAGGGGGAGUCACACUGAUAGACGCAAUCUAUUUUAUUUUAUUUUUUUUAUUUUUUUUGCGCUUUAGGACAAUAAAUGAUUUAAAACUGACAUUUCUCUGUGACCCACAAAUGUAACGUGAUGUUUUGGGUUUGUUGUUCACGCAGGGAGAAAGAAGCCGCAAAGGGCACACAACUGAAAAAGUACUGAGUGAACCCUGACCAGGGGUAAGGAUAGAGGACAGAAUCCAAAACGAUUUAUUUCAUUUGUCUCUUCAUGCCGAAUGUAAAUAUAUUGAUUGUGGUUUAAAAAAAAAGAAGAAAAAAAAAAGUGCUUGAGUGUAUCCAUGCUUCCACAGUAGAACGCCGUCUACCUCAG